CCACCCGCCCCAGUCUUCAACAAUGGCCGACGUAGAGUCCACUCAACCUCCAGCAGAGAACGUCCCGGAGACGCCAGCUGAUGAUGCAGAGGAAGAUAAAGAAAUCAUGCUUAUGAAGCAGAGGGUGGAGGAAAUGGAACGGGAGGCUAAGAAGCUCAGAGAGCUGCAAGCCGCUGCGGAAGCCAGUGCAGGCUCAGAAGAGCCAGAGGGAGAAGCAGGCGCAGAGGACGAGAAAGCUGCCGCAGACGCGAGGAGUAUCUAUGUCGGAAAUGUCGAUUAUAGCGCGACUCCAGAGGAAAUCCAGGCUCAUUUCCAAGCCUGUGGUGUAAUUAACCGAGUGACGAUUCUCUGCGACAAAUUCACCGGCCAUCCUAAAGGUUAUGCUUAUGUAGAAUUUGCAGAGCCAGAACAUGUUGACGCUGCUGUAGCGAUGGAUAACUCGCUCUUCAAGGGCCGAUUAUUAAAGGUAACUGCGAAACGUACAAACAUCCCAGGUUAUAACCGAGGGAGAGGUCGUGGUGGUUAUAGAGGCGGAUACAGAGGUGGAUACCGUGGAUAUUCUCCAUAUCCUAGAGGACGUGGACGGGGACGAGGACGUGGUUUCUGAUUUCUUUCUUGAAAAACGCGCUGAUGACUGGUCGAGCCUCAUGUCUGUCAGCUGGUGAGAUGGCAUGAGGACAUUGGCUAUUCAGCGUUGGUAAGUUUUGCAGCCCAACGUAGACAGCGUCCUUUCGCUUUCUUUGCUGUAUAUAUUUUAUGAAACUGUAUAAAUUAUUGUAUGACUC